AGGUGAUUCGAGCUCCAGCCAGGAUGAUCGAGGUGGUUUGCAACGACCGUCUGGGGAAGAAGGUCCGCAUGAAAUGCAACAUGGAUGACACCAUCAGGGACCUUAAGAAGCUGCUUGCAGCCCAGACUGGCACCCGUUGGAACAAGAUCGUGCUGAAAAAGUGGUACACGAUUUUCAAGGAUCACGUGUCUCUAGGGGACUAUGAAAUCCAUGACGGGAUGAACCUGGAACUUUAUUAGCAAUAGAGCAGAAACCCUUCUCCCUGCUCCAUCUCUCCUCCUCGCCCACC